AUGAAGUCUCUCAGGAAUAUUCUUAUGAGACCCGGAUACCCACUGAUUAAGAAUAUUCGCCCCUGUCAAAACCCAGAAUCUUCCAGCUUUCUUCUAUCUAUAUAUCCCAAUUAUUAUACGUUACCUUCUUCCAUUUUCCUUCACUUCUCUCUUCUCUUGAUGGAGUUCAUAAUUCGAAACUACGAUGGGCAAUCUGACAAAGCUGAAGUGGAAGAUAUCGAGAGAAGAUGCGCGGUAGGCCCAGCGGAAAGUGUGUUCCUCUUCACGGACACUAUGGAUGACCCCAUCUGCAGGAUUCGAAACAGUCCCAUGCACAACGUGCUGGUCGCAGAGAUGGACAAGGAGUUAAUUGGGGUCAUUCAAGGCUCUGUAAAAGUGGUUACACUUCCAACUCAUGAGUUGGCCAAGGUGGGCUAUGUGCUGGGGCUUAGGGUGGCUCCAAGUCAUCGGCGAAAAGGGGUGGGAUCGAGCCUACUACGAAGGUUAGAAGAAUGGUUCUGUUCCAACGACGUGGACUUUGCAUAUAUGGCCACAAUGAAAGACAACCAUGCUUCUAUCAGCUUCUUCAUGGGCAAGUUUGGUUACACCAAGUUUAGAACUCCGUCUAUUCUUGUAAACCCAGUGAACCGUCAUCCCUUGAGGAUCUCAUCCAACAUUGAGAUUGUCAGGCUCAAGGUUGAUCAAGCUGAAUCACUUUAUAGAAAGUUCAUGGGACCUUCUGAGUUCUUUCCUGAUGACAUAGACUGCAUACUGAGGAACAAGCUAAGUCUGGGGACCUGGGUUGCUUAUUUUAAAGGAGAUAGUUCAUGGGAUGAUUUUGGAAACGACGGUCGAGUUCCUAGUAACUGGGCUAUGCUUAGUCUGUGGAAUAGUGGGAAAAUCUUUAAUCUGAAGUUACAGAAAGCAACUUUUUCUUGCUUGUUAUGCAGAAAGAGUCAGGGUUUGAUUGAUAAGGUGUUUCCAUGCCUGAAGCGCCCUACUUUGCCUGAUUUCUCGAACCCAUUUGGGUUUUACUUUAUGUAUGGGUUGUGUCAUGAUGGGCCACUGUCUGGGAAGCUUGUGAGAGGGCUGUGCAAGUUUGUGCACAACAUGGCUGCAGAGGCUGAGGAUUGCGAGAAAAUCAAGAUUGUUGUGACUGAAGUUGGUGGAAGAGAUAAGAUCGAGCAUCAUAUCCCACAUUGGAAAUUGCUGUCUUGCCAGGAGGACUUGUGGUGCAUAAAGGCCUUGAAAAACGAUGGAGCAAACAAGUCUCUUGAAUCGGCCAAAAUCCCACCAACAAGCGCUCUCUUUGUUGAUCCAAGGGAGGUUUAA